AUGGCGCUACCGGGCUCCUCACAGGCCCAGGCCUGGAGCCUGGAGCCUGGGACUCCUACAGCUGGUACCUCCUCCUCUUCGGGCCCCCAGGAACUGGAUGGCGCCGGGAGCCCCGGGGCCCUUCCCCUGGAGAAGGUGAAGCGGCCCAUGAACGCUUUCAUGGUGUGGAGCUCUGCUCAGCGCCGCCAGAUGGCGCAGCAGAACCCCAAGAUGCACAACUCCGAGAUCUCGAAGCGCCUGGGCGCGCAGUGGAAGCAGCUGGGUGAGGAGGAGAAGCGGCCCUUCGUGGAGGAGGCCAAGCGCCUGCGCGCCCGACACCUGCGCGACUAUCCCGACUACAAGUACCGGCCUCGGCGGAAAACCAAGAGCUCGGGCCCCGUGCCUGCCCACUACGGCAAGGGAAACUACAGCCUGGCCUGUGGGGGCCCGCUCUGGGGAGCAGGAUAUACAACCACCCAAGGGAGCAGAGGCUUUGGGUACCAGCCCCCCAACUACUCUACACCCUACCUUCCUGGCAGCUACGGCUCUUCUUCGCACUAUAGACCAGAGGCCUCCACACCAAGCUCCCUCCCUCACAGUGACCCUAGGCUCCAGGGGGAACUGCUACCUCCCUAUGCACCCUACCCAUCCCCAGGUUCUCCUCCAUACAACACUCCCCUUGCUGGUGCUCCGUGCCCCUAGCCCACCUUUCACACACAUGGACCUCUCGGUAAAUGAACGCCACAUCCUCUUUCCAUCACAGAACCCUCUGAAUUUUGGUUUAGAGGCUUACAGUCGAAGCAAAACCACACUAAACCCA